GUGGGCGGGCCUGCCCCGCGGGGCCGUGGGAGGCGGCUGGGCCGCGGCGCUGCUCGUUCCCUCCCACGGCCGCUCCCGGCCACCGGCAGCUCGGCCGGGGCGGGGGCUGUGCGCGGUUAGCCCGGCCCGCAGCGCGUCCCCGCGCCCUGCCUCAUCCGCCCACGGAGAGAGGCCCGGGCGGCGGGGGAGCCCCGGCGGGGCAGGGCCGGAGGAGCGGGCGGAAGGUAACGCGGGCCGGCGGGCCCCGGGUAGGCCCCGGGCAGCGGCGGGCAGAGCUAUUUAAUUAACACAAUGAAGCCUGAAAAACUGCACUGUUGGAUUCUGGGUUGUUUUUCUAUGGCAUUAUGUUGUUGGUGUACUUCAGAUAAAUUCAUUCAAAGUGACAACCAUCCUCAUACCUGGAAAAAGCUGUAUCUUGCUCAUCAUUGGCCAGUGACUGUAUGUAAGAUGAGUGCUAAUGAUUGUCAAGACCCUCCAGAGUACUGGACAAUCCAUGGACUGUGGCCUGACAAAACUGAAGAGUGUAAUAGGACAUGGCAUUUCAAUGUUACUGAGAUCAAGGAUCUUAUAUCAGACAUGAGACAGUAUUGGCCCGAUGUGCUUCAUUCAUCUCUGAAUCGCACCCAGUUCUGGAAACAUGAGUGGGAGAAACAUGGCACUUGUGCAGCCACGCUUCAGGUCCUUAACUCUCAGAGGAAAUACUUUGGUAAAGCCUUAGAACUCUACCAGCAUGUUGAUCUUAACAGUUGUCUCCUGAAAGCUGGGAUAAAGCCGAGCAGUUCAUAUUACCAGAUGACUGCCAUAAAGGAAGCCCUUACGAGAUUUUAUGGUGUAACGCCAAAGAUCCAAUGUCUUCCUCCAGAAGAGGGUGAAAAAGCACAAACAAUUGGUCAGAUUGAAUUCUGCUUCACCAAAGAACUGCAGCUGAGAAACUGCACGGCUCUGAGUGGUGAAUCCGACCCAAUGCAGGCUGACUUGAAGCUUGGAACUGAGGAGUUGUCUGUCUGCAGUGAUACACUCCCAACCUAUUAUCCUUCACAGGUCCAAGAUCACAAAUGAAGCCAUAAGAGUUUGAAAAACUUCUUAAACAGCAACAGAAACCAAACCCUUGAACUUUAUACCUUGGAAAGCAGUCUUGACUUGACAAUACUAAAAGGCCCUGUCCGUAUCGCAAGCAGGCUGUGAAGAUUUCUGCUGGAAAACAUGCUGCUUUUCCCAUUAAAGGAGAACGGUCCAUGUUGUAGUAUCAGCUACAUAGGAUGAAAUACUGAGUUGGGCUCCAAUAUUGAUGGGAUCAGAAUCUGAUUUAGAGCUUUGCCUGGACUUUUUGGCUUCCUUAUAGUUUGAAUCAAUGUUUAAAAGAGAACUGUGAAUUCUUAGUUUCACUUGCAGUUAAGUCUGCCACUUUUGGUUUUUGCCAGUGAGUCAGGGAAAUUAAGUCAUUGUUUGUUUUGAAAGGAUGGUUGUCUCUCUGAGAUGACAUGACAAUUUCUUGAGAAGAAAAUAUUCUAAACAAAAAGAGCUUGGAGACCUGUCUGGAGGUCCUUUCCCAGACAUAAUACCCACUGCUUUGUGUAAAUUUGCUCUCUGCAAAUGCUGAACAGAGGCCAUGUCCUCCAAGUUGUUAAGCCCUUCCUCACUCAGCAAUCAUGGUGGACCAAAAAUGACAACUUUUGCAUAACAACGUAGUUUCAUUCACUGAGUUCACCAGGUUUUGGCACUUCUGCCUAAAGGACCACAGGAAGGAUAUAUUUGUAGCCUUAUGUAGUCUUCAAUUGAUUUUGCUGCAGUAGCUCCCUAAGUCUUGAAGAGCAACCAAUCUUAGAACUUACUUGCUAGUAUAGGAAAACUUUAGGCCCUAGAAAUAUGUUGUUAUUAAUUUUUCAUUGUAUUUGAACAUUUAGAAUAACCACACAAGUGAGUGUCUGCAUUAUUAUUUAAAAAUGAGAUUGUCACAUAAUCACUUUAUCCCAAGACACAACUUUUUAUAUGUGAAACAUUAAAUACUACAGGAUUUACAGUGAAAAGUACAAAUGUUAACAGUAGUGCAUCUUUCUUUCAUAAUAAUAAAUAACAUGCCACAAAGUUGGAUGUUUCCAAAGGGGACCGAAUUCGUAUGACAUCCUCUACACAGUGCUGUGUUGAUGUGUCUCAAAUUGUCUUGCAGAGAAAGACAAUUAUGGAUCAAGGAGCCAUCUGUUAGAAGAAUAUUACUGUGAAAAUCUGAAAUGGAGUAUUAGGAACAAAUUUGUUACGUUUUUUGGAGUUUAGAAACUUUCACAUUUACUCUCUUUUUGACUGUCCCUGUUUCUCUACCACCUUUCAUUUAAGGUUCUGUUACCUUGCCAUUCCAGAAUGCUGUCAGUUUUUUUUAGUCCUUUCUUUAGAAGCUCAGAUAUUUAUUUUUUUUAACAGCUAAGAAAUUAGAUCUGCCCUCUAUUAUAUCUGUAUUUCAGUAGAGCAAGGGCUGCUUUUUUAAAAUAUGUCUUCCUUCCCAAGAGGAUGAAUAUAGUUCUGUAUACUAAUACUAUAUUAGUAUACUAAUGUUAAUCAGAUCUAGUGUUUUUACGGUAGCCAUGGCAUGUUCAGUUCAUGUUGAACAUGACCAGAAGAAUCACAGUUCUUCAUUCCCCUGGUUCUGCUGUCUUCAUCUAAGCAAGAAAAAGCAGGGAGACCUAACUGAAAUGCUUGAAAAUACUAGAAUGUACUUUUAUUUUGUGGAAUCUUUUUGAGAUCACUAAUAUUUUUUUCCUUCUAAUUACAAAAAUUGACUUAGCCUAAGGAAAACAACUACUUGUUGGGAGAAACGCAUUUCUCUGCAAAGGGGCAGUCCAAGGCUCGGGUACUUUUUUAAAACUUUCUCUCCAGCUCUUUCAGAUAGUAUUUGGAUGGUGCACAGGUUUUGGGUAGACUACAGAGAGUGCAAAAAACUUAGAAUGAACAUUAAUUUAGAAUUCCCAUUAGAAGGUGAAGGUGAUUUUUUUUUUUUUUUUUUUAAAGAAGCAAGACCUCAAAAUUGUGAUUUUUUUUUUUUUUUUUUUUUUAAUGGUUUGGAUUUUUCUUUCCUUUGAUGAAGUCCCUUGUUCUCCUUUUCCUUUCAAAGUUCUUACACUGCAGUGCCAUAUCCUGCCCUGUUAAGCUAAUCAACAGCAAGGGAAGUAUAAACAAGGGUUGGUAACUACCAUCAGACCAUCUCACGAACAUCUUGCUUGGUGCUUUUCAGUCACCAGUUUGGCUAUGAACACAGUACUUAAUUAGAACAAUAGACUUCUCAAAAUCUCACUGUAAAUAUUGCCACCUGGGAUGAGCAGGUGCAGUAUAAAAAAAAUCCCCUGUAAUCCACAGCAACAUACUGUACUUCCAGAUGAGUGAUUGUUGGCUUUGCUUGUUUUUCUGCAGUUGUUUUAAUUCCUUGGUCCUCUUCACAGUUAGGAGAAAAGUUCAAACUUGGAAGCAGUGGUAGCAUUGGUUCUUGCACAGACAUAUGCUUAAUGGAAGCUCAGAUCAACAGUCUGAUUAUUUUUAAUUGCAGUAUAAAUUAUAUUUUCUUUUAUAAUGGCAAAUAAUGCUUAGGGAGACAAAAUACAGAGUACGAGUUCUCUGCAGUUCAAGUGUAAUGCAUUAAUUUAAGCAAGCCAACGACUGCAAAUGUCCUUUACAACAAAGUGAUGCAGACACUAUCAGCCUUCACAGUGUAAGGCUCAAAGGGAAAGCUGACUCUUGCCAAAGAGAGAGUCAGCAGAUACAGGCCAGAGUCAGAAACAACCAACCUCUGCCAUAGAUAGUAUGGCUUCCAUGCAUUUUUCACCCUUGUUUUCAAAUGCAAGAAAUGUGAGGGAGCUGAUAAGUUAUAAAACUUCAAGAAAAAACUAGCAUAAUCUGAAAUGAGAGAGAGGAAGGGAGACACAUGGCAAAUCCAGCAGCAUGCUAAACAACAGGCUGCUACUGAGUAAAAAAUGACUGAUAAAUAUUAAGAUUGGCUAAAAAUGACCUCACAGAUUCUGAAGUCCUGUUUAAAGGGACAUACCUGAGGUACUGCAUUUGCCUUAACAAAGCCACACUCACAUUCUUAUUUUGCCAAAUUAUUGCACAUUAAAUAUUUUAAUUUGCUAUGACUAGUUAAAGUAGUAUCUAUGAUUAAAAUAAACUAAAGUCGUAGCAAUAAACCACUGUAUAUGACUACCAUUGCUUGGUUUUUGACAGUCCCCUCUGCCUAGGUUCUAGGAAGAUACAAACGUCUUUUGAAAGCUAUUGACUAAUUUUUUUUAAUGCAGAGAAAUGCCAAGACACUAUAAAGUUUUAAGUGAUACAUUUAAGGGAUGCUUUAAGGGCUAUGUCUGGAUGUGGGCAACCAUGAUGAACGAAUGGUAGCACCUGUUCAGACCAAAGAUCAUGUGCAGCCCUUUGUGUUCUCUCUAGCAAUGGCUCACAGCCAGUUGCCAGCCUUGGCAAUUGCUUUCCAUCAGAAUGUAUAUAAUUUCAAGAGCUGGAUUAACACAAAUUAAGUAUGAGGUAAACAAAGGUAUAUUGGGAGACUUAACAUUCACUUCAGUUCUGAAAAGUGUCACUCACUUCCUUAAGCAAAACAAAAUCUGUCAGCCCUGAAGAUACAGGGCAGCCUGGGAAGGAUGGGGGCUAUAUUCAUUUCUGCAUCAUUAAAUAAAUUAUCUGAAUCCCA